CACAGGAAGCCCUGUGUGUGCUGAAACCCUCAGUACAGCAGAGACAUGGAGAGGGAGAAACACAGAUAGACAACGCGUUGAGAAAUCAACACAGGAAAUCACUUCUGAUAAGAGAAGAAAAAGACUGUAGUAACUGGAUACCAAAGCGAGAGAAAAGAGAGGGCGGGACGGGGCAAGUGAAGAGUGUUACAGAGGGAGGAGGAGGAGGAGGGUGGCAUGUGUUGUCGGCUGACGCUUCACCCUCCCGCUUUCUGAUGCGACGCGGCCUCAAGCUUGGAGACAGAGGACUCCGUGUUCCCGGGAUCGAGCAGGGUCUGAAACGUCGACAGCUUGCCAGCGCCGAACACACUUCGACUUCACUCACUGAACUCCUCCUCGCCAUCAUGGACAGCACGGACCCUCGAACCCACCCGUCACCAGACCACGAGCAGCUUUGCUGAUUCAAGCCUUUCCCGUUGGUUCACAAGGCGGCAAACAGCUCUCGGCUUAAGAUGAACCAAACCAAAAGCUGUAAAAGAAGUGAAGACUUCCAGGUGUACCAGCACCAGGUGUACGCAGUGGUGUACAGCGUGAUCUUAGUGCCGGGCCUGCUGGGUAAUGUGCUGGCACUCUGGGUGUUCAAGGUUUACGUCAAAGAAACCAAGAAGGCUGUGGUGUUCAUGAUGAACCUGGCUGUGGCCGACCUGCUGCAGGUGCUCUCCCUGCCGCUGCGGAUCUACUAUUACCUGAACAACACCUGGCCCUUUGGCCAGUUCCUCUGCAUGAUCUGCUUCUAUCUGAAGUACGUCAACAUGUACGCCUCCAUUUUCUUCCUGGUGUGCGUCAGCGUGCGCCGCUGUGAACUCAUCAUGCGUCCGCUGAGGUGCAACUCCUCCAAGCGGAAGGGAGACUGGUUAGUGUGUGCCCUCGGCUGGCUGCUGGUCUGCCUGUGCUGCCUGCCCUUCCCCCUGCUGAGGAACCCCGGCAGUGGACCCGACUCCAACUCCACCUCGAUGUGCUUCUCAGAGCUGCCCAUGAGGGCCAUCAGCGUCCCAGCGGUCUGGGCCCUCCUGGUCCUGGCGGAGCUGCUGGGCUUCAUAAUCCCCCUCAUCCUGGUGUUGGGCUGCACCUGCCUGACCGCUGGGAGCCUCCGGGAGUCCGCGGCGGGGGCCAUUCCCGACCACGGGGAGAAGCAGCGGGCGUUAAGGAUGGUGCUGAGCUGUGCUUUGGUCUUCCUGGUGUGCUUCGCUCCUUACCAUGUCACCAUGCCCCUGGACUUCCUGGUCAAAGCCAAAGCUCUGAGCAGCUGCGCCCUCAGGGACCUGAUCUUCCGAUGUCACCCCGUCACCCUCUGCCUGGCCAGCCUCAACUGCAGCCUGGACCCACUGAUGUACUAUUUCACAACCGAUGAAUUCUGGAGGCGACUGAGCAAGCCAGAGAUACCAGAGAGCAUGAGCCUCAGCAGGCGCCUGUCCUGCAUCACUGGGGGAGAGGACACCGAGGAGGACUAGGACACAUGGGGGACUAGGACACCGAGAAGCCAGAGGGGGACUAGGCUGCCGUCAGUCGGCUCUCUUGUUGAAGGACCCGCAGUUGAUCUCAACCACUAAACCCUGAGAUAAAGACUUUGCGCCUUAAGACCAGGGACAAAUCAUUCACACACAGAGUACAUGAAUAGAUGGGAUGGGGGGGGUUUCAAAAUGUGAUUUUUCUAUUUAUACUUCAAUAAAAAAGGUGCAUAAAUUCGUACGACCUCGA